CUCGCCCUUGUCCUCCUAUUCCGUCCGUUUCCCCCUUUGUUCUGCUUCUGCUUCUGCUUCUGCUUUGCUUGCCAGAAGAAGGGCGAUUCGGAUCCGGAAGAAAGCCGCCUCCUUCUCCCCGCCCGCCCGCGACAGAGAUAGAUAGAUAGAUAGAUCUCAUCAUAUAAUAAAUAAAUAAAUAUAUAUAUAUAUAUAUACGGACGACCUUGUUAUCCUGCCUGCGAUUUCGCCCGCCCCCUGUUACCUGCUGCCGGUACCUCGUCGAUUGCAGGACGGACGAGCCAGCGAUUGGAUUGGAUUGGAUUGGAUUGGAUUUCGGCCAUGUAUGAUAACUACAGAAAUCCUCAUCCUCCCGGGAUGCAGAUGCCCCCACCAAACCCUCAGCCUGGCCCUUACGACAAUCCAUUGUAUGGUGCCAGCUCGGGUCUGAUUAAAACUGGGUUAGGAGUAUAUGGGGAGAAGUUCCUCGGCUCCAGUUCAGAAUUCAUGCAGAGCAAUAUCAGUAGAUACUUCUCCAACCCACAGUACUACUUCCAUGUGAAUGAUCAGUAUGUCAGGAACAAGUUGAAAGUCAUACUGUUCCCGUUCCUUCACAGGGGGCACUGGACUCGGAUAAGUGAGCCUGUGGGUGGCCGGCUGUCGUACAAACCUCCAAUGUACGACAUAAAUGCGCCAGAUCUGUACAUCCCUUUCAUGGCGUUCGGCACCUUCAUUAUUCUAGCAGGCUUCACACUAGGCUUCAUGGGGAAGUUCACUCCAGAAGCCAUAAACCUUCAGUUCACAAGAGGGCUGAUUGGAUGGGGCCUACAGAUCGUGUUCCUAAAAGGGCUGCUCUACUCGAUGGGCGGAGGCGAGGUGCCGCUGCUCGACCUGGUGGCCUACAGCGGGUACCUGUUCGCGGGGCUCUCCCUGGCCAUCGUCGCCCGGCUCCUGUGGGCCUACUCAUACUACGUGAUGAUGCCGUGGAUGAGCCUGUGCAUGGGGAUCUUCCUGGUGAGGACGAUGAAGCGGGUCAUCUUCACGGAGAUGCGGGGCAGCGAGAGGCACUCGACGCGGCAGCACUACUUCCUGCUCUUCAUGGCCAUCGUGCAGUUCCCCCUCUUCUUCUGGCUCGGCAGCAUAGGCGCAUGAGAUAGUCUUGUCUGUAAUCUUGGCACUAGAAAAAGAAAAAGCAGCAACCUGUGAAGCUUAGGCGCAUUCAGUAUAGCACAUCCAGUAGCUUGUGCAGGCUCUCUGAGCAUCAUCAUACAUGUUUUGUUGACAGGGUUUUGUGUUUGGUUUUGUAUAAAGUUGUGAAUUUUGCAGUUGGUCACCAUUUUGUAGUAUGUUUGUUGGAAUAGUCUCAAGUAUAUUUAUUAUUUAUUAUUUAUGUUACAUAUAUAUAUGUUUCUUUGUA